AUGCAUCAACAAGUUUCUCCUCAAUAUCCACAUUUCUCUACUCAACCAAACAUUACAGAACCUGGAGUGAAUUAUCAACCACCAGAAUAUCAACUUUACCCACCUAAUCCUCCUCAAUACAUGUAUCCACAACCAAACGCUCAAUAUUUUCCAGUUAUCACUUCUAAUCCUCAAUUUGUACAACAACCAAUAACUCCCCAACCAUUACAACUAACCAACAACUUUAAACCAAUUCAAUCCACAACUAGUAAUAGUAGCUAUGAAAAAGGUGGUCAACAAACAAAUUUCCAGACCAAUGUAAUUCUUCCUCAAACCCCAACAUUUGAAAGUACCAAUUUUGAUAAUCCAAAUUGUGGAUUUGCUGUCAUUGAACAAUCUGCAAAUGAGUGGCUUGUCCAACGAUUGGAAAUCAUUAAAAUGCUGGACAAUUUAAUCCAAUCAUUAGAAAAGAAACAACAAAGUACAGCAAAGACCAAAGUGAAAGGUACAAAAACCAAUAUUGUUGGAGCUUCCUUGAUUCUUGGUGGUAUCGUAGCUGCUCCUUUCACUUUUGGUGUUUCAUUAAUUGCCUCAGGUGCUGGUAUUGGUUGUGUUGGUGUGGGAACAACAGCAACAGUUGCUGCAUCAAUUGCUGAAUGGAAACAUGCCAAGAAAUCAGCCAAGUCCAUUCAAGAACUCUUACAAAGGGAUACUCAAGCAGUAAAUGCAAUGAUUAGAAAGAUUUAUGAACAAAGGUUGACUGAUCCAUACAUUGAUAGUAGAGUUAUGAAAAUUGGUAAUAGAAAUGUCAACGUUCUUCAAUUUGUUGAAUCUCUGACAGGCCACAAGCAUCAAGAUUUGGAUAAAUCUGAUGGAUUGACUAAUGGCCACACAGGUAUUAUGAGUUUAACAGGAUUGAUGAUUAAAAGUGCCAUUCCAAUAGUUGCAAUUCCAGUUGACUUGGUAUUAUUGAUGGAUGAAUCAAAAAAGGCCAAUGGAAAGGUUCCAUCCAAGUUAACUGCCAAAUUAACUCCAAUUUUACAUUCAAUUAAGGUGCAAACAAACAAGGCAAUUGGUUGCAAUUUGAAUUGA